AUGCCGUCGGCCGAGGUUCUUUUUUGAUAGACGAAAUGUGAAUUUGCGCCUGUAAAAUGGAAACGACGAGAGAGUGUGAGAUAGUGGCGAGACGCAGACGGACCCGUGAAGCGUCGGCUGCUUUGUAGCCGCCCCAUUUUCUCGCUGAAACUCUGAAUGUUUUCAGCCGACGGCCGCCGUUUCGGACAAUGAUGCGAUUUACGAUAAACCGGGACGAGAGGACAUUUUUCUGAAGCAGACCGACAAUAGUGAGAGCAAAAUUUUUUUGUUUUUUUUUUUAAUUUUUUAAUUAUGAAAAAAGAUUUCAGAACAAUUCGCCGAAAAGAUGAUAAAAGCGGUGUUGGGGUGUAAAGGAUUCAAACAAAUCAAAACGAUCGAUAUUAUGCGGCUGGCGUGUAAGCGAACAAUAUUUGCGCAAAAAAAAAAAAUUAAUUCCGCGUUUUUCAGUCAUUUGCAAAAAUCGAUUCAUCGAGCAGAAGGCGAUGGUCGAGAUUGACGGUCCCGUCAAAAUUUGCGGCGAUUUGCACGGACAAUUUCCGGAUCUCGUUCGUCUGUUCGCCAAGGUUCCAGUUGCAAAGUGUCGCGAGUCGGUUGCGAAACGACGUUUUGGGUUUCAGUGCGGCUGGCCGCCAGAGUCCAACUACCUGUUCCUGGGCGACUACGUGGAUCGUGGCCAGUUCAGCAUGGAGACUCUCUUCCUGUGCCUCUCGUUCCGCGCCCGUUACCCCGACAACUUUUUCAUGCUACGUGGCAACCACGAACUCGAGCACGUCAACAAACAUUACGGUUUUGCGGGCGAGGUGUACCACCGAAAAGGCGAAUAUUACGAGCAGUUGUACGAAGCCAUUCAGGUACGGAUUUUUGUUUUAUCACAUUCUUUGCGUCUAGUAGCACAUUUUUUGUGUUGAUGACGUUUUUCUAGGACCACUCUGAAGGCUACUGUAGCUCACGGAAGUUGACACUCAUAAUCAUUUAAAGUCGCUUUUGAAGAGCUACAGUAGCCUUGGGAUAAGAGAUAUCAAAAAGUUAUCAACUACAAAAAUAUUUUUCAUGCCUUGUACUUUAUUUUUGUAGUUGACCACUUUUCCGUACAACCACUCCCAGGGCUACUGUAGCAGAGAUUUUGGGAAUUCCGUGUUCCGCGUUUUUUUUUCAAUAUUUUUUCCGUGUUCCGUGUUCCGUAAAAAAAAAAUUUCCGUGUUCCGUGUUCCGUGUUCCGUAGAAAUAAGUUUUUUUUUCCGUUUUCCGUGUUCCGUGUUCCGUAUAAACUAUAUUUUCCGCGGAAAAAUGCUCGCCUCGUAGAUCGAAUUUAUCUCCGGAAAGAUUAGGACAAUUGACGUUUUGUGGUCAAAAUUUGAAAAUUUUCGGAUUCGGACCAUAUUCGUGAAAAGUGGAUUCCAUUUUCAGUCGUUUUUUACUGUAGUUGUUCUAUGUUGUGUUGUUGGUUUUGUUAUUUUUAUGAAAUUUUCAGUAAAACUUUCACAUGAGUCAAACAGCUGCCUUGUCAGUCAGAUAAUCGAAUUAAACAAAACAUUAUUUUUAAGAAAAUCACUGGAAUUCUCUUGAAAACGCUUUUUUCCGUGUUCCGUAAAAAAAAAUUUCCGUGUUCCGUGUUCCGUGUUCCGUAAAAAAAAAUUUCCGUGUUCCGUGUUCCGUGUUCCGUAAAAAAAAAAUUUUCCGUUUUCCGUGUUCCGUGUUCCGUAAAAAAAAAUUUUUCCGUUUUCCGUGUUCCGUGUUCCGUAGAGUAAAAUUUUUAUUCCCAACAUCUCUGUACUGUAGCUCUUUGAAGUUAGAGGUGCUAAAUGGCUAGACGUUUCAUUGUCAACUUUAAAGAGCUACAGUACCCCAGAGAGUGGUCGUAGGAAAAAAGUGUCUACUACAAAAAUAUAGUACAACAUGUCAAGAUGUCACAAUACAAUUUUGGGGAUCAUAGAACCGCUCCCAACGCAAAAAAAGUGCGCUUCCAGGAGUGCCUUCACACGAUGCCGUUCACCGCACUCGUCGGCGGACGCAUUCUCUGCAUGCACGGCGGUCUUUCGAACAAACUGACGAGCCUCGAUCAGCUGCGAGAAAUUGCGCUUCCGUGGUGCAGCGAGAAGGACGGCCUCGAGAACGACAUUCUGUGGUCGGACCCGAACAAUGUGGACGGAUGGACGAAGAGUCCACGCGGCUCCGCGCUCAACUUUGGAGAGAAACAGAUUGCGGAGGCGUGCGAAACCCUCAACAUUGAUUUGAUCGUUCGCGCGCAUCAAUGCGUUCAGGACGGUUAUGAGUUCUUUGGAAAUGCGCGACAACUUGUGGUGAAUCUUUGUAGCCUCAUAUCUCAGUCAGACUUUACGAUUUUUCAAAUGUUAAAAAAGAAAUUGAUAGACAAUUUUAUGCUCUAAAACUUUGUAGUUGACAUUUUCUUACCAUUUCGCCUGGGCGCGUAGAUAUUAUCGUUUUCCCGAAGCAUAUGUUUCGUCAAAAAAGUCUACAGCGGAAAAAGUGAAAUAUCUGCGCGCACAGACGGAAUUGAGAGAAACUGUCAAUUGUAAAGUUGUAGAGCAUAAAAUUAUCUAUCAAAUCACAUUUCAACAUUGAAAAAAUCUUUAAAAUUGAUCGACAUACAGCCGCUCAAAGUUGACGUUCUUUUCAGACCAUUUUCUCGGCGCCCCACUACAUGGGAUCGUUCAACAACUACGCGGCCGUUUGCUGUGUCUCCGAAGGUCUCGAAAUAUCGUUUGAGCAACUGAUUCCCGAAGGAUUCGAGCAUCAAGAGUGCCAGGCGCCCGUGGAACCCACUGCCCCGGAGAUGUCGGGCACUUCUGCCGAACCCAUAUGA